AAAAGGUCAAACGACUCUACAGUCAAUGAUCAUCGAGCUGAAGCCGCUCACCGAGCCCAAGCUGACACUGAGGUCUAUACCACCCUCGAAGAUCACGACACAACUCUGCUACGCCACUAUUUCUGCAAAGUCUGUCCAGUGAACUCCUGUUUUGACUCGCACAAGAACUUCUUCCGCAUGGAGGUCGGAGCCCUGAUAAGCUCCCGCCCACUGAUCCACUCCUGUGUCCUGGCCAUGUCAGCCGCUCAUCUAACUCCAAUACGAGGCGACAUGGUAACAACCACCUUGACUCAUCGAUCUACGGCAUUAGCCUGUCUGAAGGCGGAGAUAGAGGCAGUAUCCCUUCCACGUCGGAGAGAGAGCGCAUCAUUACUCGAUCGGACCGUCGAAAUGCUUCUUGGUAGCAUACUUCUGGGAAUGACUGAAGGAUGGCAUGAUCCGACGCAACUAGGUAUCACUCAUCUACACGGCGCCCGUGUCUUAUAUCGCAAAUGGCUGUCAGCCCCUACGAUACCAGGCCCAUUCUCUCGAGUGAAAGCUUGUGCUCGAACCAGAAGUCUGAUCACUGGUCUCAUGGUUUACUGGGAAGCAGUUACUUCCUUCGUUCAUACUCAACCGUUGGACGCAACCGCCUACUUAGCGGCCGAUGAGCCAUCUACCAUCUACGUCAACCCUUGGACCGGCAUUUGCACGCGAUUGUUUGCCUGCCUGGCUAAGAUCGGCACACUGACAAGACACCGGUCUCUGCUUCGUCAGAUGUCGGUCGCCGCCUCCUCAGCGGCUGGGUGGGCGCAAGCCAGCACCGAGAUGAUUGAACACGCUCGCAGUGUGGAGACCACGCUCCUCCACUACCAAGUCCCUGGGCAGAAACGAGUCGAAGACACAGUGGAUGCAAGAACGCCCAUCGACCACCUGCAACGACUGGCCCAGAUUUAUCAACAGAUAAGCCUCCUCCAACUGUACAUGACCUUCCCCGACAUCCAUGCGGGGUCGCAGGACGAAACCCUGUUGCGUGGCCAGACUUCGUGGACAACGAGUCGGGCCCACCGUAUUCUAACCCUGGCCACGAAUGUUCUGGCCGCUAUCGGAGUCCUUCCCACCACCUCUGGCGUGUACUGCCUGCUCACGAUUCCGCUGAUUAUUGCCGGCAGUGCAUUGCAAGCUCCUGUGUGCACUGCCCCCAAGCCACAUGAGAGUAGCCAAUCUUCACCGGAUAUCCUGAGCUUUACCCUCCAGGAUGAUACCUAUCUUUUCUGGCGGAACUUUGUGCGUGAGCGCAUUGAGACCAUCCAUCGAAUCAUUGGCGUUGCCGCUAUUCCCCGGGCGCAGGAGAUUCUGGACAGGGUAUGGUUCUUGUCCGAUGUGCGGAGGUUUGCAGACGAAUCUGGCGGGGAGUUCGAGUACGUCCAGUGGACAGAAGUGAUGGUUUCCGAGCGAUUGGAGACAGUCUUUGGCUAGCAUUGUCUAAGGGUGGCAUCGACCGCCCUCGGUCAAUUUCGAUGAAGAGGGUUCGGGUUAUUGUAUACGCAGCCUGAGGCUAUUGACGCUAGCCGCAUUUGGUCAGAUAGUGCGUCAAGGAACAAGAUGCGAUAAGCUGUAUGUGCUCCACACUAGCGCUAGUCUUUUUUCAGCCAUCAUCUUGAAAGCCCUCCCCAGUUAUGGUACCUAGUAGAUACUGCCAGC